GUUGAAAUCUCACUCUUUUUCUUUCUUCUUCACUGGGCUGGCUAGGAUAAGAUACAGAGUGGCCUGUAUCAUGUGAAUGUUGGCUUGGCCCUCUCUUCUGUUUGUUUGCUGUUGUUCUCUUCUCAUGCCUCCCACUGAUUGAUUGCACUCAAAUUUCCUACUUCUCUCCUCCUCUUUCUUUCUCAUUCUCAUGUGUUACUUUGUGAACUCCAAGCUUUGUGAACUCCAAGCUCACAAAGUAGUCUCUCCUCUGAGGCUCUUCUUGUAUGCAUUUGCAUCUGCACAUUCUCUCUCUUUCUCCUCAUGUCUGCACUUUUAAUAUCUCACAUCUCAUACAUUCUGCAUUUUGUAAUUUUGCUUCACUUGGGUUUUGCUUUCAUAUGAGAGAAGUUGAUGAGAUGACCAUUCCCCACUUGUUCAGAUGCCCAAUUAGCCUGGACUUGUUCAAAGAUCCAGUCACUCUAUGCACAGGUCAAACUUAUGACAGGCCAAGCAUAGAAAAAUGGCUGGCUGCUGGCAAUCUCACAUGUCCAGUCACAAUGCAGAAACUUGAUGAUCCAGCCCUUGUGCCUAAUCACACUCUUCGCCAUUUCAUCAAUCAGUGGCUGCAAAUGGGCAACCAAUUUGAUCCUGAUUACUUGGAAACAAUUGGUUCUUUAGCUUCACUCAAACACACCCUUGAAUCCCAUGAGGUUACCUUAAAAAGCAAGGUUCAAGCACUCGAAAAGAUUCGAGCUUUGUCCCAAUCAGAAUCACCGUACACAAGUAAUUUGUUCCUGCAGUUGGGAUUCUUGCCUCUACUUCUAGAACUUGUGUUUGGAGGAGAAGAAGCCAAACACAAACAGAAACUGAAACAGCAACUCCCUCAAGAGUGCUACUAUAUGAAGUUUGUGGAGGAUGCACUUUCUUGCACUCUAAUUCUGCUACCUCACGGCAAAUUGGAGUCUCUGAAUAUGCUCAGAGAAGAGAGCAAAUUAGCAUCCUUCCAAGCUUUAUUUGCUCACGGCACCGCCUUGAUCAGGAUGAGUUUGUGCCGUCUUAUAGAGGUAACAUCAACAUCCCCGGAGACAAAAGAACUCUGUUAUAUGUUUGGAAAGAACCAUCAGCUCUUGCAUCGGAUAUCGGUUCAGUUGCUUCAACAGAAUUCAAAUUCAGAGACUGCAGAUGCUGGAAUCAAAGCCAUAUCAGCAUUAACUUCCUUGGAAGAAAACAGAGAGAUUCUGGUCAGACAAGGCGUGGUAAACGGACUCAUAACAUGUAUCAAUUCAAGCACAGAGAGACGCGAAAGAAGCUUGGCACCAUUGGCAAUGGCCACACUUGAGAAGCUUCUAGGAUUAGAGAGUGCAAAAGAGGCAGUGAUUAAUUAUAACAAUAACAAUAAUAAUAAUAAUAAUAUGAAUGGCGUUCAUGCUCUUGUAAAGAUGGUUUUCAGGGUUUCGGAUGAUCACCAAGGCAGUGAGAGUGCCGUUGGGUGUCUAAUAAUUCUAUGCAAUGACUCUUUAUUGGCACGAGAAGAAGCCAUCAGGGGUGGAGUGUUGACUCAGUUGCUAUGGCUGCUGCAGAGCCAGUGCAGUGGCCGGACCAAAACAAAGGCAAGAAUGCUGCUCAAGCUCCUCAGAAGAACCAACUAGUCGUCUCAGUCAUCAAAAGCUUCUGUGUAGGUUUAGUUUAUAAAGUUUUUGAGUAAUUAAUUAAUGUCUAUACAAGUCCUAUCUGGUUUCUAAGGGCUUCUGUGUUUAUUUGGUCCCCAUGUGGAGACAAACAUCAAAUUAUCAGUAUGUGUGUAGUUCAUGACUCAUUGA